CUUUGGUAUAGGGGAAAAGUCUGUCAACAUUGUAAGGGCGAAGCAACACCAAAAUGUAUUUUGAUUAUGAAAUGUUUAAAAUUAAUUGUUAAUUGUGACAAAAUGCGUGGCGUAGUGGUCGUGUUGUCCUGUGUACUCGCGCUCGCUGCCACCAGCUCUGUCAAUUACUGCGGCGCCAAGAUGUGUGGAGGCAAGGAUACACAUACUUUCUGCCAGUAUCCAGAAGGCCCUGGUCCGAAUUGUAUUGAGUAUGUAAAAGUCCCGCUUAGAGGCCGAGAGAAGGCGAGACUGCUAGAUCGGUUUAACAGCGCCAGGCAUAAAGCUGCAGGCGGCAAUCUAAGGGGGUUUCCUCCAGCGGCGAAUAUGUUGCAAUUGCAUUGGGUUGAGGAGUUGGCUCGUGAAGCCCAGCGCUGGGCAGACCAGUGUGUUCCACCGCGCCGCGUCGAACUACACGACACUUGUCGUGAUCUAUAUUCAACGACAGUUGGUCAGUGUGUGGCGACAACGAUGGGCCCAAUUAAACGAAUCGAUUUUAUGGUCGACAAAUGGAACAGACAAGCAAUGUAUUAUAAUGACAGUAUCGAAGUCUACGAGCCUCCAAUGAACGAUAGCAAAUACUACUACGGUGAUUUUGCGCAGCUUUAUUGGGCGAAGAGUUAUAUGGUGGGAUGUGCUCGAAGUAGAUUUAAAAUAAAUUGGAAAGGUGAACACAAGCAUGUGGAUCGACUAGUCUGCAAUGUGGCCCCGGCUGGGCCAGCAGCGUACGGCCGAUUAUGGCGCUCUCAGCCACCAACUGAACUCUGUCCACAUCGUGCAGUACUAUCUAGAUCAUGGCGCAACCUUUGCGAUUACCCUGAAUCGUCUCGUGAGUUAGAAAAAGAGUUGAAACGCGAUGAACGUGAUUUAUCACGAGGAAAGAAAAGAAAACGUAAAAAGGUUCUACGCCGUAAAACUAGAGAGCUCGAAGGAAGACCAAGCUCAAGAAGAUUUGAAGAAAAAGGAGGAGAGAGAUCGAGAGAGAGAGAGGAUGGGAUAGAGGGUGGGAGAGAGGGAGGGAGAGAGGGAUGGAGAGAGGGAGAGAAAGAGGGAAGGAGAGAGGGAGGUAAAGAGGGACGGAGAGUGGGAAGGAGGGACAGAGAGAGAGAUCGAGAGAGAGAAUAUGACGAUUAUCCAGUCAACCGUGACGCCGUUCGCAACGGAAUACAAGGCGAUUUUAAUGGAUAUGAUUACAACGAAGCUAGUCGCGUCGCCCCGUGUAUGGUGUUGGUUUUAGCUUUGUCUUUAUAAUUGUUUAGGGAUAAUUUACACUGUAUUGAUAUAUUUUUUUAUUAUAUAGAUUUACCUAUAUACAAUUUUAUAGUUCAGUUUAUCUUGUUAAUAAAGUAUUUUUUUUAUCGUUUUA